UGAGAAGGAGGUUGGACUUGAAAACCACGGAUUUCAGCAGAUCGGAGAUAUACGGUAAGUGAAAUUUGACUUGAGUGAUCCCACGAAUCGAAUCCGGUUCAUACACAGGUAGAAUCACCCAUUCGGUACCUUGAAUCGGAGAAAGCCUGAAAUCAGGAAACGCUUCCCCAUCUCGACCACUGGGAACCAUGGUGGCGGCCUUCCGUCAUGGACUCGCUUCCUUACUGCUGAGAGCCUCUCGAUAUGGGAAACUUGUGCAGCGAGAUCAUGGGACUCUUCCUUUUCUCAGACGAGGGAGCGUGUUCUCUCUUCCGCCUAGAGGGACUUUCGCCGCUUUCAGGAGCAGCGAGAUUGUCACAGAGGAGAAGGAAGACUCCGUGUCCGCGUCGGCGGACAACAAUGGCGAGGACGAUCUGAGAAGAAGGGUUUUUCAGUUGGGAACUCCUAGGCGGAGUGCGGCCGCUGCCAUCGAGAAGUGGAUUGCCGAAGGCGGCACCGUCGAGCAAUCGGAGCUCCGAGGGAUAGUAAAGCAGCUCGCCAGAAGCCGUCGUUAUAAGCACGCCCUUGAGAUAUUGGAGUGGAUGGGGAAACAUCAUGAAUACACAUUAUCAGCUGGAGACUACGCCGAUCAAAUUGACUUGAUUACUAAAGUCCAUGGCAUUGAUGCUGCUGAAAGGUACUUUGAGGCUCUGUCCCCAGCACAAAUAACGUGUGCCAGCUACACUGCACUACUUCAUUCUUAUGCUUCGGCAAAGCUUACUGAAAAGGCUGAGGUGCUCUUUGACAAGAUGAAGAAAUCAAACUCAACAUUGAGUAUACUCCCCUACAAUGAAAUGAUGACACUGUACAUGUCAAAAUCUAGGUAUGAUAAAAUUUCUGCUCUUGUUGAAGAGUUGAGUGAUAAGCAGAUUUCACCGGACCUGUUCACAUACAACCUCUGGAUAAGUGCGUGUGCAGCUACCUUGGAUAUCAAUAGCAUAAGGAGAAUCCUGGAUAAAAUGAGUUGUGACCCUAACUUCAGUGAUGGUUGGAAAAUGUACGUGAGACUAGUCAAUAUUUAUAUUACUGCUGGCCGCCUUGAGAAUACAGAGAAUACUAUUGUUGAAACUGAUAAGAAAAUUACUCAGAGGGAGUGGAUUACAUAUGAUUUUCUUAUUAUCCUUUAUGCUGGUUUAGGAAACGGUGAAAUGAUUUCUCAAAUAUGGAAGUCGUUGAAGAUGAUUUCGCAGAAAAUGACCGGUAGAAAUUAUGUUAGUAUUCUUUCUUCACUUAUCAUGCUUGGACGGACAAAACAAGCAGCACAGAUCAUUGAUGAAUGGAAGCGAUCUACAGCACCAUGUUAUGACGUAUCCUUGACGAAUAGGCUGCUGGAUGCAUUUGCUCAAGCUGGCCUAAGUGGGCAUGCAACAUUGCUCCAUCGAAUGUUGUCAGAGAAAGAUUUGCAGCCUCGAUAUUGAACAUCGUCAACAUCGAAAGCUAAUGAUGUUGUUGAUCAGCUGUUAAAAAUCGAUAUUAUUGUAAUUCAAUGAUAACAGAGAACAAAUUUUCCAAGAGAAAACGUUGGGUACUCUUUCCAAUAGUGUUCUGUAAUUUUGACUAGGCACUUCCAAUAUCUUCGCUAUUUUGGCUAAUAAAGGUUCAGGGCCGUACCCCGCCAGGCAGUUUACCUGACUGGGCAGUUCUCCGGUGGCCCUUUUGAA